CUGGGUAGUACUAGUACUACGUGAGACGCCACGCGAGGAACACGGUUGUAUACGUUCUAUAUAUCGCAGCAUGGAGUAGUGUUGUGUGUUCACAUACUAUGUUUACAAACGCGCGACGGAUUUCUGCAGUGGCUCGCGAAAUAUUUUCGGUUACUUCUCUUCUCCCUUUUUACAUUUCAUGCGCUUAGUCUCAAUUCUUGACACAUAUUCUAUGGAUAAAUUUAUGUAUUGAUAUGUGCAUGAAACAGUAAAGAUAAUAGAAGCUGAAAAAUUUGAAAAAGCACACAGUGCUUUUGUGUGUUUCCCUUUCGCGGCAACUCCCAACGAUUCACUAAGUGGACGGUACGAUGACUUUGCCUUGUUUACACUCGGCUGAUCUCGCGGGCAAGUCAUUGCCUUACAAGGAUCUUGGCGACGACUUUUUCCAAGGAUUCCAAGUGCGCGACCACAAAUAAAAUAUAAGGUUAUGUGAGUUUUGAACGCCCUGUCGUCAUUUCUCAGGGCGUCCACCUUCCCGGAUUUUGCGCGCCAACCGGAUCUUUCCGCGACGCAGAACGGUAUGGAAUCUUUAAAUGACGUUGCUUGCGAAAAAAAAGGGAAAAUUUAUUCCUGGUGAUAUUAUCUGAUAAAGUCGAACGGCAUGUUUGAUCAUUUUGUUUAAUUCAUCAUUCUCUGUGUUGGAAAUAAUUUCACUUUCGUGUUCUGUUUUGGGUAAAAAAGAAAACACGUGUCUAUGUUGUGAGUGACAAGUGCGGUGUGUGUUAAGUUUUUGAGAAAAGUUGAUUUUAUGCGGGAAUUUCUAUUGAGUGAUGAUGUCUCGAUUGGGUUCUUGGCAGACGUGUGCAGGUCGUUUCUCUUAGGAACUUGAGACAUCGUUUUAUGGCUUCUCAAUUAAUUUGCAACGCGGACUGGCGAUUGCUUUAGGUGAGACUCGUCUUGGUUUUGAAAGAGGAUUACAAGUCUUUUAGGUGACUUCGGAUUUGCUCGAGAAGUCUAACAAAUUCAAAAGGUGUUAAUGUUUAGUGCAAUAAUAUUGGGAAUGAAUUAAGGAAUGUGGCAUUGCAGAUAAAAGAAAGAAGCACACGGUGUCUGUUUGAUAUAAAUUUUUGUGGUACUUGAUCGAAAGAAGAAGAGUUUUUUUCGAUAAGUUGUGUGAUUAAUUGAUCGUCGAGAAUAAAAAAAAACAUUUUGUGCGACGGUCAUUUGGUUGAAAAUUGAAACAAAUCUCAAUAUAACAAACUCUAUUCAACGGGACAUUUUCAUGAGUGAAUCAGAGUGAACGUGACGAUUUGAGAGCCGCCAACAUGGAUUACAGACUCUUGUCGAACAACAACAAUUACUCCACGCACCACCAUUGGUUUCCGAAAAUGUGCUCCUGUCUCGACAGCGGUGGAAAUUUGCCUGGAAAUCGUUCUUCUGGUCGAACAGGAAGUUACAAGCGACUUGGUUCCACUUCCACGAUUUAUGGUCUAAAUAAUGUAAUGCACAGAGCUCGAAGAAAAGAGAAUCAAGUGGAAGAGGAGACGUCCGAUAAUGAAAAACAGGAAGAAUUACGUUUUUACAAUGACGAUCUCUCGUGGAACACUGUAAUUGUGGAGAAGAACUUGAGAACAAUCGACCUGUGCGAAAUCCUUAAAGUCAAAAAAAAUACUAGCGGUAUCGCCUGGUCUAUAUGGGAAACGUGGCCGGACCUAGGAAUUGAACGCACACUAGAAGAUCAUGAAGAUAUUCUUGCAACGCACAGAGAAAUUGAAAUGUUCGCCUCUUAUCACGAAAGAAAAUUCUUUUUCCGUGAAGAUUAUUUGAAGUACGAGUUCUUCAUUAAUCCCAAGCAAUUCUUUCCCCCUGAAAUGGUUGCUUUCCCACAAGAAGAUGAUAGAGGGACGUUAGCUGAUGCCGAAAGCGUUUUAAGGCAUUAUUUAUCUCGUGAUGAUAGUGAGUGCCCUCAAGUGUUUAGUACAGUAUGGCUGAGAGAGGAUGGUUGCAAUACAUGGAAAAAGUCUGACAUGUUACUUUUUGGUCGCAAACUCUACACGACGAAAAAGGCAUUUUUAUUAGGAGCAAAAUCAUUAAUGUCACGAUUCUCAUCGCCAAGAUCAUCGUUAAAUUCAAAAAACCAAAGAUCAUUUUCCCCGACUCCAUCUACCUCAGGAUCUUCAUCACCAACGAACAAGCAGCAUCAGUAUUCAUCCGAGACUUCCGGUGUGGUUCCUAAAUGGUCGCUGGACAACGAACAGCUGACGACAUUUGCCCACUUGUCGGACUACCACGUAUACAGGAUUCCGAACGCAAAGAGGUACUUCAACGCACCCUUCGAGUGGGGCAUUUGUCUGAGACCGUCGAGCAACGCAGAAGCAGAAGACACGGAGGCUGGUGAAGCCGGGUUCAAAGUGAUAGCCUUCCACAGUGAAAAGUCACGUGCCUGCUGGCUCACAGCCAUGAGGCUGGCAAAGUACGGUAAGCAGCUCAGAGAAAACUACAGAGCCUUCAAGAACAAGCAGUGUGAGCAGACAAGUGGCGGCAGUCCCAAAGAACAGUACAACAGCUACAAUGUACCCAAUGAAUCAAUUCGGUCGAGGGUGGCGAUGGAUUUUACGGGAAGCGUUGGUAGGAUAGUUGAGGAUCCAAAGGAGGCAAAGGAUAUUGCCGAGAGUGAGGGAGUCAUUUGGAAACGUAGGUGGCGACCGUUUUCACGAAGAUCUCCUGGUUCUAACAUGACCAGAAUUCAUGUGGAUAAUGGUAUUCACACAUCUCAACCCUGGUUUCACGGAGAUCUCAAGAGGGAAAUUGCUGCCGCUAUCAUCAGGGAUCGUGGCUCAGUUGAUGGCGUAUUCCUUGUCAGAGAAAGUAAAAGUAAUCCAGGAUCCUACGUUCUGACCUACAAAUACGGAGACAAGGUUUUUCACGCACAAAUUCAACCUGUAAUUCAGGUGUUCGAUAAUGAGCGUCAGUGCGUGCUGUACACAUUGGACAAAGGUGCGACGAAAUUUUACGAUCUCCUGCAAUUAAUUGAGUUCUAUCAAUUGAAUUCCGGCUCAUUGCCAACGAGAUUGACGCACUUUGUGAAUAAUGGUGUUCCGGUGCCAGUGACGAGGCCAGAAGACGGCGGUGCCUCGCCUUCACCUUUAGACGACAGUAAACGAUUCUCAACGCCUAAAAGUGAAUUCAAACAAACGAAUUCGUCAAAUAUUUGAGUAUAGGGAAUCCAGCAGCCCGCUGAUGUCAACGAAUUAACAACAAUCGUAUUCUAUGGCGCUGACAAUCUCACGAUCGACAACAACAACGGUCACCGUAGCAGCGUUCGUUCGACAUCUUCGGGUUGCUGGACUCUCUGCAAAGGCAGCCACGAGGAAUGGGACCUCUGAAUUUCCCUUCUCUAUAAUUAAUCUUCCCUCGGCCUACUUUUUACAAGCUUCUUUCUCUCCCUUCCCCUCUCUUUCACUCUCUCAUUGAAGAAAAUUUGGAAACAAUCCACAAAUUCACCAAACUCAAAAAUUCGAAUAUCAGAAAAGAAAGGAAAACUCUUCCCAUCUUACAAGAGAAAAUCCAUAAAAAAAAAAAAUUGAAACGAAAAAUCACCAAAUUGUAGGGAAUUGUCGAAAUCCUAUAACAAUAAGCCUUGACAUUUUCAAGAGCCAAGUUCGCAACUUACAACAAAGGGAAAUGAAAGGAAGCCGAAGAAUAAAAAAGAAGACCAAAGGGAAGUAAGACCAAUAAAAAAAAAAAAAAAGAGGUUUCUCCUGAAGAAAAAUGAGACGACAAGAGUGAAAAAUCAAUGGCUGACUUUGUGUGCAAAAGUAGGACCAAUAAGAGAACUGACUGACGCUUAUAGUUGGGGAUCUGUUCCGUGAAUUUUGGAUCUAAAAAAAAGAAGAAUAAUUCGCCGACUGGCUGACCAAAGCGAAAAUAGCAAUUGGCGCUACAUUUCUUUUUUUUGCCAGAUAGUGUCGUUAAAUAAUUAAUUGAAAAAGAAGAAGAAAUUCACACCUAGUUUUUAAGUACAUGAACCCUAUUUUAACGGUUCAUUGGUUAACUCGACGCAAAACAAAAUAAUAAUUAAUAUUAAUAUUAAUGAUAAUUAAAAAUAAUAAUGAAAAUAAUAAUACAAAUAAUAAUGAAACCACUGUGUGUAGAUGAAUACAUGUUUUUUCCAUUUUCUACAUGUCUACAAAAUACGUGUGCGAGCACUAUACAUAUGUACGUUUAUUAUUAUAAAAAGAAAAAAGAAAAAAAAAAUUUCUCCAACCUUGAUGGGAGAAGAAAAACGAAAGAGAGUGUACAUCAGUCGCGGAGUGCAUGACGAAGAGCGAGUGUGUGACCGAUGCGCAAUAAUGCGCAGGCUUAUAAUAUAAUAACGAUCCUCGUCAAUCUCGAGUUCGUUUUUUUUUUCGAAACGAAAACACAUGUCUUUGAUUUUUCGUUCUCGCCUCUUUUUUUUUUUUUUUUGUCGAAUGUACUGUAUUUUACUCUUUAUUUUUAUGAAAAGAGGGAAUUUUUGACGAGACUCCGUCCAUAACACGAGUAUGGACCACAAAAUAUUUCUAGCAUUUUUUUUAAUUAAAAAAAAAAAAAAAAAAAAAAAAAAAAAUUUAAAGCUAAAAAACUUUAAAACUUUUUCUUAAAUUUUUAAUUUAA